GGUCCGCAAAGCUGCCGCUGCUCCUCUCCGGGCGCAGUACCAUCCCCAAACUUUGAUGAGCCGUAACCUUCACCAGGGCAACAAAACAAGCCGAGCUGAAUUAUACCUGCGAGGAUAUAUUAAAAAUAAAAACAGCGUCGUCUCUUUCUCCCCCCUCUCUCUUUUUCUGAGUGAUUAAGCCUAACAACAAACAGGUGUUAAAAUGGAAAGCACUCCGAUUGAAAUUUACAAAGAAGACACCAAGUGCCUCUCCUCGCUGCUGGAAGACUGUCCGGCGAAUUCAACUGCUUGGGUAUCCGGAUACUCUGACAGCCGCAAUGUGACCCACGAUGAUGAUAGCUGGGAGCAGGAGAGCAUGUCUCCCAUCAUCCCCAUCAUCACCGCAGUGUACUCCGUGGUGUUUGUGGUCGGCUUGUUGGGCAACUGCCUCGUUAUGUAUGUGAUCAUCAGGUACACGAAGAUGAAGACGGCCACCAAUAUUUAUAUUUUCAACCUGGCACUCGCCGACGCCCUCGUCACCACCACGAUGCCAUUCCAGAGCACUGACUACCUUCUGAAUACGUGGCCCUUCGGCGAAGUGGUAUGCAAGGUCUUCAUCUCCAUCGACUACUACAACAUGUUCACCAGUAUCUUCACCCUCACCAUGAUGAGUGUGGACCGCUACGUGGCCGUGUGCCACCCCGUGAAAGCCCUGGAUUUCCGCACUCCCCUCAAGGCCAAGAUGAUAAACGUGUGCAUCUGGAUCUUGUCCUCGGCCGCAGGGAUACCUGCUUUUGUGCUGGGCGGUACUCAGACGAACAGCGACAUAACAGAGUGCGCGCUGCAGUUCCCCGAUCCCUACACAAAGUGGGACACACUGAUGAAGAUUUUAGUGUUUGUCUUUGCCUUCGUCGUGCCUGUGCUCAUUAUCACCGUGUGCUACUCCCUCAUGGUCCUGAGGCUGAAGAGUGUCCGAAUGCUGUCCGGCUCGAGGGAGAAGGAUCGCAACUUGCGCCGGAUCACGCGGUUGGUGGUGGUCGUGGUGGCCGUGUUUGUGGUCUGCUGGACGCCCAUUCACAUCUUCAUCCUGGUCAAAGCUCUCGUCACCGUGCCGGAAACCACCGCCAUCAUGGCCGCCUACUUCUUCUGCGUGGCUCUGGGUUACACCAACAGCAGCCUCAAUCCUGUCCUCUACGCCUUUCUGGAUGAGAACUUUAAACGCUGCUUCAAAGACUUCUGCCUGUCAGCCAAACUGAAGGGGGAGAAGGUGUCAGGGAGCAAAAAGGCCCCCAGCACUGUGCGAGAGGCCGCUGUUCCCCUGGAAAACCCAGAUGGGACUGGUAAGCCGACAUGACUAGCAGUGGAACUGUCUUCAAUCUCCCACACUGGAAAAGAAGACUCACAGUACCUGGGUUUAACCCACAUCACAACAGCAAUGUAGACUGGGUUUUGGAUUCACUUCAUUUUAAUUAUCACCCAGGGUAUAAUCAUUGAUGUGGUUGUCCAUAAAUCCAAAUCAAUCCAUCCUCGUGUCCUCUGACUUCUGACACUUUCCCUCAUAGCAGCCUGUGAUUGUAGGUCGAGACAAAGAUUGUGCAUUUAUGGUUUAACCUGGCAGGUGGAUGUAAACCAAACAAUUUUAAGUAGGUCAAAGAUCCUCUUUGUAUGAAGAAAGUGCUGCUUAUAAUUAAUAUGGAUUACUGUUGAUGGAGGUCCAACAAUUAGUUGAUUAACCAAUUAUUACAUGAAUCCCCAUUUAUUUUGAUGACUAAGUAAUUGUUCAGGAAGGGUUUUUUUUUUAGGAAAAAUUAAACAUUCGCACCAUCCAGCAUCCUAAAUGGGAUUUUGAUUUCAUACAUGACAGUUAAUUAAACAUUUUUAAAACAAAUUUAUGAUCGCUUACUGUUUUAAUGAUGAUUUAUUUAGCCAUAAGUUUAAUUUAGACUGCCAACCUUCCCAGUGUGUACUGACAGCUGAGAUACGUUACAUCACCUCUACAACCCUGAAUUGAAUAAGUAAGAGAUGGAUGGAUGGGCGGGUGGAUGGGUAUUGAGCUUACUGGCAAAAUAAUCAGCAGAUUAGCCUUUCAUAAAAUCAUCAUUACACAAUAUUGCACACACAGUCAUGAGAUAAUUAUGUUAAGAUAUCUCAGGAGAACUGACGAUUAUUUAAAGGGUAAACGAGCAGGAGACUGAUUAAAAUCACUUGGCCCAUAUCAAGUUUCAUCAGUUUUGAUUCAUUUGUCUCUCAAAUGCUGUUUAUUCCCAAAAUUUCCUCCUAUCAUUUUUUCAUUUGCCAAAUGUGCCUUUAAAAGUCCAGGAAAAAAUGUUUGUGGCAGCAGAAAAAUGACUUCAGGAAUGAUUACUAGAUGGGGUCAAACAGCACUUCAUAUUAUAAUGUUUGCUAUUUUUAUUCAAUGCAUUUGACAUGCCGGUGAUAUUUGCAUGAAUCCCUGACAGCAGACAUGUGCCAAAAACAUUUUCACAUCCGUGCAUAGCCUGAAUGGUGCUGAUUGACCGCAGUGUGAGAGCACUCACGGACUCAUGUUGGACUUUGAAGUUGUGUAAGAGUCAGAGAAAGAAAAGAAAAAAGCAACAUUCAUCUGCAUCAAAGCAAGUUAGUCAAUGAGCGAAUGUGGAGGGAAGAUCCUGGACUUGAAUGUGCAUUUAAAAUUUGACAGAGGGCUCUCUAUCAGCUUUGACCCUGGCGUUGUGUCCAGACUGAUAAGUUGUUAACUUUAUGGUAUAUAACUAAUAAUGACAUGUGCUUUGUGUAUGGCUUUUACCAUGAUACACAUACUGUAGUCCUGCUGAACUGUCAUACUGUUAUUGUUGUACAGUCUGAUAAGCCGAUUAGCUCUUUCAACAAGUAAAAAUACAGAAUAUUCUAACAACUGUACAGUAUCUCAGUCUGUAUACAAGGACUUAUUUUGUAUAGACUGCAAAAAGAAAAUCUUUGCACAGACUUUAUAAAAAUAUACUGUAUUUGUAGCAUGUUAAUCAUCACUGCUAUGAUAGUAAAGGCAACAUCAAUAGCCAUAGGCUUCAUGGACUGUGCUGUCAUUUUGAAUGUACUGCAAAUACUACAUAAAAGUCAUCUAUCUCAUUAAAAAAAAGCAUCUUUAGCUAAUACUUGUUGAUAAAUCUCUUGCUGACACAUGUAUACGGACACAAAAAUAGAUAAAGCACAGAUGUUCUAAAAAUAAGAGACGUUAUUCUAAGAAUCAACACUGUGAUCGAGGCAUCGUUGUAGUUUUUAUUUAUUUCUUUUUAAUCUCUGUGCUCACAGUUUAAUGCUGUACAUUGGCUUCUCCUGCCGUCAUUCGAGCAGGACGUGUACUUAUCGAUUAAAACUUGUCUGUGAAGAGCUUAAUAAAGCAAGUUUAACAAAUA